UCAUGGUUUUAAGAAUUUUUUAAACGUCGACCUUUCCGCAUCAACGAAAAUGUCAUUUUUCUUUUAGAUGUUCCAAAUGGAAGAUAUUGAAAGAAUCUAAACAUAUAUGAAAGAAGAAAGAGAGAGAGAGAGAGAGAGAGAGAGAGAGAGAGAGAAGAAAAAAGAAAAGAAAAGAAAAGAAAAGAAAAAAAAAUGGAAAGAAAAGAAGAAAGGUAGAAAGAACAAAUAGAGAUUCUUCCAGGUAGAGUCGAUGAAAAAUUUGGUAAGUUUGUUGUCGACUUAGAUCGAGUGAAUGUGAACGAUAAAGCAAAUAGUUAGAAAAGUAGUCUCUCUUUCUCUCCUUCUUUCUCUCUCUCUCUCUCUCUCUCUCUCUCUCUGUAUGCGUGUUAAAAGUAUGAGAGAAGGAAAGAGGCCCCAUAUAACUCGGGUGUUCUCAACCUGGAGAAUGUUAUAUACCUACUAGGUAUUUAACCAUCAGUCGUUCACAUUGCGUGUGUGUUCACGAGAGUAACAAGCGGAACACAGAACGCAGUCAGAGAGUUCGGUAGAAAAGACCCACGUAAUCCGGAAAGUGCCAACCGGAUUCCUCAUACGUUUGCUAACUGGUACAACACAUCGAAUCUUCGUCGUCGUCGUCGUCGUCGUCGUCAUCAUCGUUAUCGUCGUCGUAAGACAAGUCUCUUGACUUUCGACAAGACGUCGUUUUUUUUUUUUAAAACGUUCCUCUUUUUACAACGUUUGUUCUUUUUUUUGUCGAUGAAAGAAAAAGAAGAGCGAGCGAGAGAGAGAGAGAGAGAGAGAGAGAGGAAAGAACAAAUAGAUAUAUACCAACUAUGUAGUUAUGUGUACUACAUACCUAUCUACUUGAGACGUUUAGGUACUCACAAAAAGUACAUAAUUUGCUCUACUUUUUUUUUCCUUCUUCUUCUUUUUUUUUCUCGUUUCUUUUUUUUUUUUUUCCUUUUUAGUUAUAGACUGUCAGAGGGGCCGUUAUAAGUCGUAUUCGUUAUCAACAAUAUCGCAAAACGAGUAUUGCUGAGCGUGACUUCGGUAGGUGCACCAGUAUGUGUGUCAAGCAAUCAAGGCAUGACUCGAGGCUAUGGAUCAACGCUCGGUGCUAGUGAUGCGUCGAAGAUCCAGGAGGAUGCAAAAGAUGCAGAGGUGACACGUGCGCGAGAUGUGCUGUCCUAUUGCACAAAGGAACCUGUGUCGAUAGCUGUCCACCUGGUCACACAGCCGACUGGUCGACAAGAGAUGAAUAUAUGGGCAGAGUUUGUAAAGAGACUGGUUACAUCUUUGGGCUGACCGGUAGUCAGGUCGCUAUCUUGGUGGGAGUUGUCUCCGGUGCAACCAUAUGUGUCUUCAUCGUACUAUGCGGCGCAAUUAUCGUUCAUAGAAAGAAAAAAAAGGCGACAAAGAUCGUUCGGCAAUUUGAGAACAGUGCUGAGAGAGGAGAAUUCCUGAAGCAUCUUGCAACGUUAAGAGGCGAGGGACACACUUUCCUUUCCAUGUUAAACGACACAAGAAGACAAGUUAGAGAAUUAUAUUACUCCGGAAGUAACGGGGAUGGCGCCGUUGGCAUUCAAGCGUACAGACCCGUUCUUCGCGACCUCGCAAGGAUAUUAGUCCUUGUUAACAGAAAGGACGAGGAUAUACAGUUACCUCCCGAUGACUGGCAGAGAUUAUUAUCUUGGGCAGAACGUUUACUCAGAAGGUACAAGCGACACAGUAGCCCAGAAGUGGCUCAACUCGUGACAUUCCUGCAGCAUCCAACAACGUCCGUCCAAACGAAUCCAACGGAGUCGGUUGUGAUAACUCCGCCGUCUCAAACAUUUGAACCUAGAAGUACGCCAACCAAUCUCACAACUUUUCAAGCGAACUUACCACUUGCCACUUUUCAAGCGAGUGACAAGUCCAGUAUUAGUCCGGCAAGUUCGAGUUUAGGAUAUGCCAAGGAUAGUCCACUUGGUUCGAGCUUAGGACAAAACAGUUCCAUGCCCUAUCACGACAAGCUCACUCGAAACGAGUCUACGAUGGGACAGAUGACUCCUUUGGUAUUCGGCACCCAAAAAAGGCUGAAAUCAAACGGAUCGCAUUUUCAGGAAUUAGCCAUAUCGGUGUUUAAUAAUCAUAAUGGCGGUGCUACGUUACCAGAUAUCAAUCGUGGAUCUAAUGGUCGUGAAACGAGCGUUCUCGAUCGAGAAAUUAAUCCUCAAUGGGAAUUUCAAAGCGCUGUAGAAGCUGCCAACUAUACCAUAUUGUCCGAUAGAUUACCCGAUUGCGACUACCUCAUAGAUGAUUUCACGAUCCUUGGCUUCAGGCCACAGGAUGAAAUAACUACCGAAUUAUAAACAUGUUUAUAUCGAUAUUGUAUAAUAUCAAUAUGAAACGUCGUACCUAUGAAAAUAUUCAAUUAUAAAAAUCACAGAUACCAUAACGUUUCAGCUUUAACGCGACAAAAUUUUAUCCUGCUUUUAAUGCACGAUACACAUCAUUCAUAUCAACGAUCUAUAACAUUUUCCCGAUUUAUCGAAAGUAUGAAUCCUUAUUAUCAAAGUUAUUAAACAUAUCCAAUUAUAGUAUAAUGAGAGGAGAAAUUUACAGUGACACCAAAUAACUAUAAGAAAGUUAUGUAUAAAUAUUCAAUUUUAUUUAACGAUCAAGUUGUUGUACAUGUUUAUUAACAAUUAUUGUAUAUAUUAACAUACUAGUCAACGUCUUAAUGUGGUUUUCUUAUUUUUUAUUUUUUUUUUUUUUUUUUUUCCAAUUUGUUGUCGCUCUAAAUUAGGUGACCUUUAAUUGUAAAUUUAUUUCGAUGAUCAUGAAUUGAAUGUAUCCGAUCAUUUAUGAAUUUUAUUUCUUAAUAUAAAUUUUAAGAAUCAUCAAACAAAAGGAAAGAAAGAAAAUUAAUAAUUUGAAGUGAUUCGAAUCAUUUCUCUUUCUUAUUACGAAAAACUCAGAUAUAUAAUGAAAAAUUAAUAAUCAUUAUGCACAAAGAAAUGCCAAUCAUACAAACUUUGAAUAUUCUAUUAUUUGUGUGUAUGUUUUUCAUCAAUACUUUGGAAAUUGUCGACGAGAGUGAUUUUUGAAAAAAAAAAAAAAAAAAAAAAAGAAAAAUUAAAAAUAGAAAAAAGAUUACGAGGCAGAUUAUAAUUGUUAAUUUAUAAAUAUUUUAAUCUUUAUCAAUGAAAAAUUUCUGUUCACCUUUGUCUACAAUUUUUAAAGCAUUCUACGAAUGAAUGGAAAUAUGUAUGUGAUUAUUUAAGUAAUUCAUAUCAUUCCAUAUUUGUGUCUGGCCAAAUCGAUUCUUGUACAAAUCUUUGUAAAUGUAAGUGUAAAUACCGAUGAAUAUUUUUAGUAAUAAAUUUAAGAAAACACAACAAAUAUAUAAAACAUACUCUCGCAUCUAAGAUAAAA